GUGGAAGGAGGCGGGUUUUUUAGGAAGGAGAAUCUUGUGAUUGGGCGGACGUGCACAAACAGGAAUGAUGAAGAGGAAAGAGGCGGCCCAAAUGCAACCUCGGAGCUUGGGAUUGAUCGGUUCGCUAAGGUUAGGCCUAAAAGUGACGCACAUCCGCGAUCGCCUUGAGUGAUCGAGGCUGUGACCAACUGGCGGCGGCAGAUAUAAGGAAGAAAAGAUGGCGGCACCGCCACCAGCGCAGACGGCGCCGCAGCCUCCGCCACCGUCUACGGCCGGCGUCUCCGGCCCGGGAUCCGCAGGUGCCUCUGUUCCGGGCCCUCCGCAGUCUCAGGGGCCGCAAGGGCAACAGCCUCCCUCGGCACAGCUUGUAGCAGCCUCACAAAUUCAGGCUGCACAGAGCGGUCUCCUGCAGCAGCAGCAGCAAGAUUUCGACCCUGUACAGCGUUACAAGCUUCUGAUUCCUCAGCUCAAAGAGAGCCUACAGAACCUGAUGAAGGUGGCGGCCCAGAACCUGGUGCAGAAUACCAACAUCGACAAUGGACAGAAGAGCAGCGAGGGCGGGCUGCAGCGCUUCGACAAGAGUCUGGAGGAGUUCUAUGCCCUCUGUGACCAGCUGGAGCUCUGCCUGAACACUGCCAUUCUCCCAGACUCAAAAGGAUUGUCCAUGAGCACUCCUCCCUUGCUCUCAACCCCUCACAUCCAACCAGUUGCCAAGACCUGUCACUUCAGCCUUCCCAGCAUCUCGCCAGCAUGCCCCCUUGUCUCCAGUGACACCGACACCGCUGUAGUUCAUCAUGGCUUCAUUCCUGGGCUGUUGCGGUAACCGCGCCUGGCCUAUGAGUGUUUGUCCCAGAGCUACGACAGCGCCAAGCACUCCCCGACGCUGGUGCCCACAGCCACGAAGCCGGACGCGGUGCAGGCCG